GCCCACCUCAAAAUUUCCCCGUUUCCAAUCCCGUCGCCUCUCCUGCCCCCCGCGAUCGACGCCUCCGCCCGAUCCGCUCGUCGCAACCGCCGGAGGAGAAGGCGCGAAGCGGGAGGCAGGCCAGGCCGGACGGCGGUUCGACCCGCGGGGCUCGAUUCGAUAUGAAUCCCGAGUACGACUACCUCUUCAAGCUUCUGCUUAUUGGUGAUUCUGGUGUUGGCAAGUCAUGCCUCCUCCUGAGAUUUGCGGAUGACUCGUACCUGGACAGUUAUAUCAGUACAAUUGGAGUCGACUUUAAAAUUCGUACAGUUGAGCAGGACGGGAAGACCAUCAAGCUUCAGAUUUGGGAUACUGCUGGGCAAGAACGUUUCAGGACAAUUACCAGCAGCUACUACCGAGGAGCCCAUGGCAUUAUCAUUGUAUAUGAUGUCACAGACCAAGAAAGCUUCAACAAUGUAAAGCAAUGGCUGAAUGAAAUUGAUCGUUAUGCAAGCGACAAUGUAAACAAGCUCCUUGUUGGGAACAAGUGUGACUUGACGGCAAACAAAGUUGUGUCAUAUGAAGCAGGCAAGGCUCUUGCUGAUGAGAUGGGCAUCCCAUUCAUGGAGACCAGUGCCAAGAGUGCUACUAAUGUGGAGCAGGCUUUCAUGGCUAUGGCUGCAUCCAUUAAGACCAGGAUGGCUAGCCAACCUGCUGCAGCUAAUGCCAGGCCACCAACCGUGCAGAUUCGUGGCCAGCCCGUUAACCAGAAGACGUCCUGCUGCUCUUCCUAGAUUAUUCAUUUCUUUCAGUUCAUGUAAACUUUGAUGCACUGUUACUACUGUUUGCUUGUGAUGCGUUUGUAAUAUUCCCUGUUAAUUGUCUAAAUAGCAUUUUUCAUAUAAUUCAAGUGAUCAAUUAUCUUGACUGAGCA